AUGGCCUCUAUUCUAAAUCAAACCCAGGAGUUGCAAGAAUCUUCCAAGGUUCUUGGGCAUGUAAGAUGUGAAGGCCACUUUAUAUUCCCCGGAGAAAGUAGUCUGUCAGAUGGUUUGAGGGCUGUUUUCUAUUUUCUCGGUCUUGCCUACUGCUUUAUCGGCUUGUCAGCGAUCACUGCACGGUUCUUCAAGUCUAUGGAGAAUGUCGUCAAACACUCGCGUAAAGUGGUUUCGAUCGACCCCGUUACUAACGCUGAAGUCAUCACAUACAGGAAAGUUUGGAACUUUACUAUUGCAGACAUCAGUUUGUUGGCCUUUGGAACCAGCUUCCCUCAGAUUUCUCUGGCUACCAUUGAUGCAAUACGGAACAUCGGGGAGCGUUAUGCUGGAGGUCUUGGUCCUGGAACACUUGUUGGAUCAGCUGCAUUUGAUCUUUUCCCCAUCCAUGCUGUUUGUGUUGUGAUGCCAAAAGCUGGAGAACUGAAAAAGAUAUCCGACUUGGGCGUUUGGCUUGUCGAGCUGGUUUGGUCUUUUUGGGCUUACAUUUGGCUAUACAUUAUCCUCGAGGUCUGGUCACCAAAUGUAAUUACGCUCGUGGAGGCACUAUUGACAGUAGUGCAAUACGGAUUACUUCUCAUUCAUGCGUAUGCGCAAGACAAGAGAUGGCCUUACUUAUCUCUACCAAUGUCAAGAGGCGAUAGACCAGAAGAGUGGGUUCCAGAAGAGAUUGAUCCUUCGAAAGAUGACAAUGAUGUUCAUGACGUGUAUUCGGAUGCCACUCAAGACGCUGUUGAAUCAGGAAUCAGAAACAUUGUCGAUAUCUUCUCUAUUCAUUCUGCUAACAAUGAUGCAGGGAUCACCUAUCAUACAGUGGCAGAUACUCCACCCGGAUCUUCGACUAAGAGGGGUAAGCCGAAGAAUUCUACUGUUUUUGACAUUUGGAAGCAUCAGUUCGUGGAUGCAAUUACGUUGGAAACCUCAGAAUCAAAGAAAGUUGAUAGCAUUUAUCUUCGAAUUGCGAAAUCAUUUUGGCAAUUACUCCUUACUCCUUGGAAAAUUCUUUUUGCAUUCGUGCCUCCUUGCAACAUCGCUCACGGUUGGAUCGCUUUCAUCUGCUCUCUUAUCUUCAUCAGCGGAGUCGCCUUCGUCGUCACAAGACUUACCGACCUUAUAAGCUGUGUCACUGGAAUAAACCCAUAUGUGAUAGCAUUCACAGCACUCGCAGCUGGAACUUCGUGGCCAGAUUUAGUAGCAAGUAAAAUCGCUGCAGAGCGACAACUAACCGCAGACUCAGCCAUUGCAAACAUCACCUGCAGGCUGAUUAUAGGAGCUGAGCUUGGAGGUCCAAGGCUGUGGGCUUGGCUUACCUCUGCAUAUUUCAUGAUGCUUUGGCUCGUCUUUGUUGUUCUUUCUUCUUUGAAAGUUUCAGGCGUCAUAUAG